AAAGUUGUAAUUCUCUAAUGAAAUUAUCUUAUAAAACUCUGAUUAACUUCAAAACUAAUGGAAAGCGUGGUUACCCUUACGAUUUAUCUUAAAAGACUUGAAGUCACACAUCAAACUUUUAUUGAUCGAUUGAAAUUAAAAACAAAAUACGCUUCACUAGUGAUGAACCAUCACAAUUAUACGUUUUCGAUAAAAUAACAUCGAUAAAUAAAAACAACAUAAAUAUUUUUAAUUAAACAAUUGACACCUAAAAAAAAUAUGAUUUCACUUUCUUGUCAUAUUUUAACAAAAAAAACCUUCAAAAAUACGUAAAAACAUAACAUUAUAAUCUAAAAAAUUACAAUAAUAAGUUACAUUCUUAUAUCGAGCGGGCUUGUUAAGAUCUUUUCCUCUCAACACUAAAUGCACUCGGCUGUCAAAGUCACAUAGAUGCCAAUUUUCGUAUAUUGAUCGAUCGGUCUUGAAUUCGAGUUUCUUGUACCUGCUUCAAAUUUUAAAGUGAAAGAAGUUUUGAAAACUGUUUUCUAGCGUUCUAAGAAGAUGGAAGACUCUACAGACCAAGCCAAUUGGACGGAACAGCCACAAUUUCUCAACGUGCCGCUAGCUAAAGGAAUAAAUAAGAGGGAGCUAUUAGAAACUGGUCACACCGAGUUCACGAUAGACUUCGAUUACAACAAGAAGGAGUCUCUGUUUGACGGAAACGAUGAAGAUGAAAUGUUCACGGUGUACGAUGAAGAAGACAAUGAUGAUGGCGAUGCGUUGAAGAGUGUAGAUAAGCAAGCUGAGAACAUGCUGCUAGCCUCUCCGGAGUAUCAGUCCUUCGAGCAGUUAGCUGCUAAGAUGACGGAUUGCCUCUCCAAUGGGAGCGUGAAGGGACUUUUAAUAUUUGCAGGAGACGGUCCCCUGGUGUCACCUGAAUCGCAAGUACUGUUGCACUACGCUGCGUACUAUGAAAGAUCUGAAGUACCGUUUGAUACCUCCCUAACAAGUAGCUCGGGAACCGCCGUUGGAUUACCUCGCCCUUCUGCAGUUUCAACUAAUGUUCGUCAUAUUUUCAGGUUCAACGACCUACCAAGUUCGGAGCAGAUGAAAUUUGAAACUACAGUCACUACUAUAAAGGACAUACGUGCUGUCGCCAAAGACCUUUUCAAAAGGAAAAAGUAUACACAAGCAAUCCGGAACUAUGAACAAGGCAUCUCCAUACUAUCCAUGUGCCAACCCCAGAAUGAAGAGGAAUUAAAAGUAGUCAACGACCUCAAAGUAACCAUAUUUGUUAACCUAGCAACUUGCUACUACAAAAUAGAUAGGCCAAAAAAUAUCCUAGGUGUUUGCAAGCAUAUUAACAGAAUAAUCGAUAUUAAUACCCAUUGCAAAGCCUUGUUUUAUUACGGUAGGGCCCAAGAAUCUCUCGCUAGAUUAGAGGAGGCUGUGUUGUCUUACAAAAAAGCUCUGAAAAUCGAACCGAAAAAUAAAGAAAUCGGUAAAGCCUUAGCGGAUUUAGAUGCUAGGAUUAAAAAGGCAGAGGUAGAUGAAAAAAAAAUGUGGCGUAAGGCUCUAAAUCGGAAUACAGUAAUGCCUUUGCCUGAAGAGGCGAAGAUUAAAAAAGUAUGCUACGUUGUCGAUGAGGAUUUUAAAGAUGGCGUCUUUGACAUGUGUCAAGAUUUGGCGGGAAGGGAAGAGUAUGCAAAAUUCGAUUUGCCGCCCGGUUUGACGAAAGAUGAGGUCGCUUGCAUUAAAGAAUUGACGAGUGAAUUUGAAGGCUUGACUGUUUUAGAGGAUGGGGAGGGUAAACGGAAAAAGGUGUCGAUUGUGAAACAGAUUUUGUAAAGAUGAUAUUUUUUACGCGAUCCGACGUCUUGCGUGAGCGAUUUGAACGCGAAAGCGAUGCGAUGCGGCGCGAAAAUAUUAAGGCUCUAGAUAGUGCAGUCCAGCAUUAUGUGAACUGCACACCGACUGCAUGCAGACUGCAAUUCAACUGAAAUCGGACUGCACGUUUGAUUUGCAGUCCUACUGCAGUCGUAUCAACUGCAUUCAAGCUGCAAUUUGCAGUUAGAUUGCAGUCGAAAUGCAGUCCGUCUGUCUAAAGUCUAAACUGUCAAAAUG